AUGCUUCCGGACCCCUUCGCUCAUGCUCGGCCCAAUUGGUCGCCGGGCCCGUCCUCGGCCGACGACGAUCGAAAAGCCGCCGACGGCAGCUCGAACCACCUCGGCAGGGCACCGCUGGCGGCCACGGCGCCCAUCCUGCGGUGCUACGAGGAGGCCGUACAAGAGCCGGUGGUCGAAUGCGGCAACCUUGACAGCCUCUACUCGCAUGCGCAGCUGGAGGACAGCGACAGGUCUGAGGCGCGAGUGCUUCGCGAGGACUUCUGCAGCACGGCCAUCGUUGCAUCGACCUGGCUAGCGCUCGACCCGCGCAACCGGUCGCAGGGCGUCGACAUCGACUAUGAUGCCCUCGCACACACGCACCAGAGGCUCGGCGCCGACAAGGUCAUCCUGCUUCAGAGCCCCAAGUUUGCCAAGCAGGCGGGCUCCACCGCCGAGGGAACUCGAAAGAUCGAGCUGGAGCCAUCUCCAGGUCAAGGCACCGAUGCUGCAGCCUCCUCUUCUGCGAACGGCGAGGCGGACGCAACGACAGACCUGCCGCCGACCGGCUCGAGUACCUGGGCGCCCGGAGCUGCCACCGAGCGAUUCGACCGGAAGCUCGCCAAGAAGCUCGAGAAGGAGGCCAAGAAGCUGGCCAAGAAGGCAAAGGACCCAUCAACCUCUACCGCCGCUUCGAGGGCGCCAAGGCCGCGGAUGACGCUGCUCCACAGCGACGUGCUCGACCUCCCGGUGCCCGCGCCAGGUGCGGAGCAGUCGAGCGAUGCUGGAAGCAUGGCGCUGGAUCCGCCAGACAUCAUCGCCUCGCUCAACUACGCCAUGGCUUACUUUCACGACCGCGCCACGCUCCUCGCCUACUUGCGGAUGGCGCUGCGUACGCUGCGGCCCAAGACGGGCGUGUUCAUCACCGACAUGUUUGCUGGCCCGUCGACGGGCGAGAGGUACGAGGACCAAGACGAGCUGUGGUCCCGAUUUCGCGACGAGAUCGGUUUCGGACGGGGCGGCGGCGACGGGCAGAAGCAGGUGGUCCUAAAGGCCGAUCGGACCAAGCCGAGGGCAGCCAAGACGUCGAGCGCCGUCGGCGUCGGCGGCGGUCCGGCACGGACCGGAGCAGGACGAGCCGCACCGCUCGACGACGAUGACGACGACGACAACGAGGCUGAGAAGGUGCUGGAAGUGAUGGCCCCCUCGAAACCCCAAGACAUCGGCACGCGGGCAGAGUGGCCUCGAGGCAAGCUCAAGAUGGUGCGGACGGGCUCGGCUCACGGCGGGUUCGAGUACUGGAGGGAAGACGGCCCGGUGGAUCUGCUCACGAAUCGAUUCCGGAUGAGCCUGAGCUUCCGCUUUAGCGAUGGCUCGUGGUGCAGAGACGUCUUCUCAUACGGCUUCCGUAUCUGGUCUCUGAGAGAGCUAACCGAGGCCAUGGAAGAGGUGGGCUUUGUCCGGGUCAAGGUCUUUGCUCUUCCGAGCAACGUGGUCGAGGAAGGCGAUGCAGGCUCGAGCGAGGAUAAUACCGACUCUGCACCUUCCUGCCCCACCUCGCCGACGCUCGAACCCAACGGCGGCCACACGGGCGGCACGGUCAACGACGAUCAGGGACUCGAAGGCAUGGCAAACCUCCUGCGAAAGACGGAGAAAGCCGAAAGGAACAAGACCUUCUACCGGGGCCUCGAGAGGGGCGAAAAGCUCUUCUCUGAACACUCUUUCGGAGCCUACAUCGUCGCAUGUGCUCCGUGA